UCGGAAGGGACAACAACUAGCUCUUUUUGCUGGCUUCAGAGCGAUUAGCUAAAAGCCAUGGCAUUUGUUGUCAAACUCCUCUUCCUGUCAGCGCUAGUGUACAGCACUAAUGGCGGUUAUCUAAAUGGCCAGCAUCAAAGUCCAGACUCGUUCUUGGCAUCAGCCUUAAAUUCACCCUCAGCUUCGUUCGCACCCUCCCCGUCAUACGGGACACCACAAGUAGGCAGCGCAUCUCGUCCCUUGAACAUUCAGGAAGCUGUGGUUGACGACCACGGUCCAGCACGCGCAGAGGCAAUUCUUCCCGGCAGUGCAUCACUUGGACACGGCGGAUACCCCAGUGGUCCCAGCUCGCCCAUCCGUCCAACUUACGGACCUCCUGCUCCUGAAUCAUCCGGUUCACUAUCAUCCGACUUAUCUGCCCCUGCCCCCUCUGGCAAUGGAUACCCUGAUGGAGGCCUUCUCCUCGACUCAAACCUUCCUGGACCAGGCAACGAUAACUCCGGUAGUCUGAUUGCCGAUACAACCCUUGGAGCCCCAAGAGUAAUUGGCACCACUGUAACCGUUGGUCGCCCUGAUGUUUCUGCUACAAGGUACGAACUGCAAUCUGUAGUACAGAACGUUAUUCGUCGUGUACCUGUUGAGGUGACCCGCCACGUGCAGGUGGCCGUGCCGCAGCCUGUACCUGUGCCCGUCCGUCAGGAGGUCAGAGUGCCCGUGCCGCAGCCCUACCCUGUCCAAGUCGAGGUCGUGAAGGAGGUGCCCUACCCCGUGUACAAGACUGAGCACGUACAUGUUGAGAGGCCAGUCCCCGUUGAGGUUGUCAGGGAAGUCCCCGUUGAAGUGAUCAAAAAGGUGCACGUUCCCGUAGACAGGCCUUACGAAGUGAUCAAGAAGAUCCAUGUCCCUAUUGAGAAACACGUCGAGGUGCCCUACGCGGUGUGGAAGCCCUACCCUCUGCACAUCAUCAAGCACGUCACUCACUACAAGAAGAAGAACUGCUGCUGGUAAGCGGAGCCUGCUCAGCUGGCGCGCCAGCAACAGUCGUGAUCAUACCAAAUAGUCAAUAGAAUUGUAAAUACUUUGAUAGUCAUUAGC